UUCCUGCCCCUUCGCGGCAUGGAAACCCAAAUGGCUUUCAAGAGAUUCAGUUGUCGCCAAGCCCAAGUCAAUUUGUGCAAUUUUAUCAUUUUUUAAGUUACGAAUUUAUGAUUUGACAAAAGAAAAAGGUUACAAAUUUAUAAAUUUUCAAGUUCAACACACCUGUGCUGGUAACGCACAUGGCCUAGCUGGGCUUUCCUUUUACUAAGAAACCGACACUCGCAAUAAACAAAAGAAUUCCCCCUAAUAAAUACAAAAUACCAAACCGAUUUUACAUGCAUCAUCUACUGUUGUUCCUCUUCUGCAAAGUCAAAUCGAGUUAAUUUAGUGCUCGAAAAUUGAUUAUUAUUAUUAUUUGAGAUUCUAUGCUCGAGGAAAGAGCAAUGAGUAUGUUUGAAGGCACGGACCCCACAUGGGUGCUGGGGUUGGUCCUUUGAGAUGCUAAUGCCAUUAAUGUUACACACUGUCCUAAAAACCAAAACUUUCAACACACACGCCUAGUUAGAGGGAGUCAAUGCUUUCUAUUUAACCUCACAGUUACUCCUUUGUACUUUUUCUUUGAUGGGGAUGAGUGGUUUUUGUUUUGCCCGUUGUGUCUGUUCUAGUUUGGUUUAGGUUUUUUACUUUUGUUUUGGUUGUUAGGGGAAGAGAACUGGGUGGUUGACCUAAACCGAGUGGGUGAUAGGGAAUUUUGGGGUUCAAUGGUUUUUUGGCAAGUGGGUAUGUGUGAGUGCUAAUAAUGGAGUGGUUCUAGGGUUUCUUCUGGUGGUGGUGGUGCUGUUGAUGAAUCUGGUGGUGGAUUCGGCUCUGCUGGCUUGUUGGGUUGCUGGGGAUUUGAUAAAGGUUCAGUCUUUGGGGGAGAGAAUGGGAAGAAGCUGCAUUGUGAGUUAAUUUUGACGAGGUUGAAUUUGAGGCUAAGUGGUUCUGUAAUAAUUGCCAGUGUUGGUACUGUGUUUUCUGAAGGGUUUGACUGAGUUUCAAAUUCAAUUGGCCUCAGAUCUGUUCAAACCUGGGUUUUGUUCUUGACUUGUUGUUCCUUUUUGGGAUUUGAGUGAAAAUGGCUUGCGUGAAAUUGGGUUCCAAAGUGGAUGCAUUCCAGUGUCAAGGACAGGCCUGGUUCUGCACAACUGGACUUCCCAGUGAUAUAGUUGUUGAAGUUGGCGAGAUGUCCUUCCAUCUUCACAAGUUCCCUUUGCUCUCUAGAAGUGGGGUUUUGGAAAGGAUGAUUGCCGAGGUUUCUGAAUUAGAGGAAGAAUGUGUCAUACGCCUUCAAGACAUUCCUGGUGGGGCUAAAACAUUUGAACUUGUAGCAAAAUUUUGCUAUGGCGUGAAACUUGAACUUACAGCAUCAAAUGUUGUAUACCUCUGGUGUGCUGCAGAGCAGCUUGAAAUGACUGAGGAAUAUGGUGAAGGAAAUCUUAUUUCACAGGCUGAAACUUUUUUCAAUCAAGUGGUCCUUCGAAGUUGGAAAGACUCUCUGAGGGCACUUCAAACCUGUGAUGAUGCUCUUCAAAAUGCUGAAGAGCUCCACAUUGUGAAAAGAUGCAUUGAAUCACUUGCUGCAAAGGCAUCUACUGAUCCAAAUUUAUUUGGGUGGCCUGUACUGGAGCAUGGUGGCCCUUUACAGAGCCCUGGUGGAAGUGUUUUGUGGAAUGGAAUAAGUACUGGGGCAAGACCAAAAAACUCAAGUUUAGAUUGGUGGUAUGAGGAUGUAACUAAUUUGAGUUUACCUCUUUAUAAGAAGUUGAUAGCUGUCAUGGAAUCACGAGGUAUAAGACAGGAAAUUAUUGCUGGUUCUCUAGCUUUCUAUGCUAAAAUGUAUCUACCUGGUUUAAAUCGACGGCAGGUUUCUGGUGAGUCCAGUACCCGUCUAACGCAGGUAGCUAUGGGGUCUCCACCAUCUGAAGAAGACCAGAAGAUUCUGCUAGAAGAGAUUGAUCGAUUACUCCCAAUGCAGAAGGGCCUGGUACAAACAAAGUUCUUGUUUGGUCUACUUCGAACAGCCAUGAUUCUACGUGUGAGCCACUCUUGCAUAUCAAAUUUAGAGAAAAGGAUUGGGAUGCAGCUUGAUCAAGCUACUCUGGAAGAUCUCUUGAUGCCAAAUUUCUCCUAUUCAAUGGAGACACUUUACAAUGUUGACUGUGUACAGAGAAUUCUCGAUCAUUUCCUUGCCAUGGAUCAAGUUGCAGGUGCUGCCUCUCCAUGCUCAAUUGAUGAUGGCCAGUUGAUUGGAUCACCUUCACUGACACCAAUUACCAUGGUAGCCAAGCUGAUUGAUGGUUACCUUGCAGAGGUUGCCCCAGAUGUUAACCUAAAGCUUCCGAAGUUCCAACUCCUUGCAGCUGCCGUUCCAGAAUAUGCCAGGCCUUUGGAUGACGGGUUAUAUCGUGCUAUAGAUAUUUAUUUGAAGUCUCACCCAUGGUUGGUGGAGUCUGAGAGAGAGCAACUAUGCAGGCUGAUGGAUUGCCAGAAGCUCUCAUUAGAAGCAUGCACCCAUGCUGCGCAGAAUGAGAGGCUACCCAUCAGAAUAAUAGUUCAAGUUCUAUUUUUCGAGCAGCUCCAGCUCCGGACAUCAAUCGCCGGUUGCUUUCUAGUUUCAGACAAUCUUGACGGAUCAAGACAGUUAAGGAGUGGUUUUGUUGGAUCUACCGAGGGUGGCUGGGCGUCAGCCGCGAAGGAAAAUCAGGUUUUGAAAGUGGGAAUGGAUAACAUGAGGAUGAGGGUGUCUGAGCUUGAGAAGGAGUGCUCAAACAUGAGGCAGGAGAUUGAGAAAUUGGGUCGUGCAAAGGGAGGAUCAAGCACUUGGGGAACUGUGUCUAAGAAACUUGGGUUUAAGAUUAAGUCUCAGAUGUGUAGUGCUCAAGAAGGAUCAGUUAGCAACCAGAACAAUGGUAAUAGUAAGGUUGAGAAGUUGAAGGACAGACAUGUAAAGCACAAGAAAAGUUCUUCUAUUAGUGACAAAGCAUCAGUCUCUUCAAUUGUUCAUUCCUAGUGUCUAAUGGUUCAUUUACUCAGAAGGUUUUUAUCUCUUAUUUUAUUGUCAUAUUGACUAAACAGUUUCUUUGCCUCUGCUUCUCAAGCAAGUGUAACUGAGAUGGAAACAAAGGUCUAUGUAUUGUGUAAACCGUAGCAUUAGGUUUUUUUUUUCUUUUGUCCCACUACAUAUGCAUAUAAAAUGUUUCUGCACAUUAUGUUUCCUACUUGUUCAAAAUAUUCAUUUGUUUUAGUAGUGUUAUGUUUAAAGAUUUAUUCCUUAAAAUUAUGAAGUUAUUAUGACUUGG